CUUUUACAUAUUAUAAUUAUUAAUUUUUUUGAUUUAUUUAUAAAUCAUAAACAAACACAAAAUAAUAUAGAUUAUUAGAAUUUAAAAAUUACGAAUAUUACAAUCAUCUACUUACUACUUAACGGCAUCUCACUUUGCAGUUUCCUUUGAAAUAUCUAACUAUAGCAGCUUAAAAAUAUUAAUAUAAAAUACAGCAUAAUACCUACAAUGUCUAGUAAUUCACCACCCAACAAAAAAUUUAAGAAAACAAGUUCCGAAGUUAGCACUUCCAAAACUAGUAACUUUUUAAAUGAUGUAGAAGCAGAGCGUAAGAAAACAGCUCCUUCUAUAAUGGAAUUUAAAUUCAAUAAGAAACGUGUGCGUGUGUUAUCUGAACAGAAAGAAGUCCCUGAAUGGGCUGAAGGGGUUAUUUAUUGGACAUUCAGAGAUGAACGUAUUCAUGAUAAUUGGGCAUUGCUAUAUGCACAAAAAUUAGCAAUCAAAAACAAAGUUUCAUUACAUAUAACAUUUUGUAGACUAAAACAAUUCUUGAACUGUAGCUUACGACAUUAUAAACACAUAUUUCAAGGCUUGGAAGAAUUAGAAACUGGUUGUAAAGAAUUAAAUAUUCAAUUUCAUUUCUUAAUUGGUUGUGCAGCAGACGUACUACCAGAUUUUGUAAAGAAGCACAAACUGGGUGCAAUUGUUGUAGAUUUCAUGCCUGUACGAGAACAUAUGUCAUGGACUAAACAAUUAGCUGAUCGUAUUGGAUCUGAAGUGCCAGUAAUACAGGUAGAUGCUCAUAACAUUGUUCCUUGUUGGGUGGCAUCUGACAAACAAGAAUAUGCUGCUAGAACAAUACGAAACAAAAUCAAUAACAAAUUACCAGAGUUUUUAACAGAAUUCCCACCAGUGAUCAAACAUCCAUUUAACAGUAAAUUUAAAGCUCAGCCAACAAAUUGGGAUGAAGCUGAUAAAACCCUGGAAGUAGACCGUAGCGUUGUAUCCGUGCCAGGUCUGACUGCUGGUUUCAAAGCUGGUAUGAGUGAAUUAGAAAAUUUUCUGAAAAAGAGAUUGCCAAAAUAUUCUACAGAUCGAAACAAUCCAGUCAAAGAUGGUCUUAGCAAAUUGUCACCUUGGUUGCAUUUUGGUCAGAUAUCAGCUCAAAGAUGUAUCUUAGAAGUUAGUAAAUUAACAAAACAGUACCCAGAAAGUGUGGCAGCUUAUAGAGAAGAAGCGAUUGUUCGACGAGAACUCUCUGACAAUUUUUGUUUCUACAACCCAAAGUAUGAUAAGAUUGAUGGUGCACCAAAUUGGGCUCAAACCACCUUAAAUGAUCAUAGAAAAGAUAAAAGAAUGUUUGUGUAUACCAGAGAAGAGUUGGAGAAGUCACGUACGCAUGAUGAUCUGUGGAAUUCUGCUCAAAUACAGUUGGUAAAGGAAGGCAAAAUGCACGGUUUCCUUCGCAUGUACUGGGCAAAAAAAAUACUUGAAUGGACUGAUACUCCAGAAAGAGCAUUAGCCGAUGCAAUUUAUCUCAAUGACAAGUAUAGCAUGGAUGGUCGUGACCCAAGUGGGUUUGUUGGAUGUAUGUGGUCAAUAUGUGGUAUUCAUGAUCAAGGGUGGAGAGAACGAGACAUUUUUGGAAAAAUUAGGUAUAUGAACUAUGCAGGAUGCAAGAAAAAGUUUGACAUAAACGCUUUCAUAGUUAGAUAUGGUGGUAUGGUUCAUAAAUAUACUAAAAAAUAAAUGUUAAAAUAACAAGUUGUAUCAGUUUUUUUUUAUUCAUUUUGAAUUUUUUUACUUAAAUUUAAAUGUUAACAUCACAGUAU